CCAGCCUACCCACUUGCCUCCCUGCCUGCCUCUGGCUGCCUUGAAUGCCUGGUUCUUCAAGCUCCUUGUGUGUCUGACAAAGCAGGGACCAUGUCUACCUUUGGCUACAGGAGAGGACUUAGCAAAUAUGAAUCCAUUGAUGAGGACGAACUCCUGGCUUCCCUGUCAGCUGAGGAGCUGAAGGAGCUAGAGAGGGAGCUGGAAGACAUAGAACCUGAUCGCAGCCUUCCCGUGGGGCUGAGGCAAAAGAGCCUGACCGAGAAAACUCCCACCGGGACAUUCAGCAGAGAGUCGCUGAUGGCCUAUUGGGAAAAGGAGUCUCAAAAACUCUUGGAGAAGGAGAGGAUGGGGGAAUGUGGAAAGGUAGAAGAAGACAAAGAGGAGAGUGAGGAAGAGCUCAUCUUUACUGAAACUAACAGCGAGGUUUCUGAAGAGGUGUACACUGAAGAGGAGCAGGAGGAGGAUGAAGAUGAGGAUGAUGAGGAGGAGGCCAGCGAUGGCGAGCAGAGCACAACCGAAAGCGAGAAAGGCAUGAACGGAACUGUCCCCUCGGACCCCUCGAAGCCAAAGACAUUUAAAAGCCAGAUGGAAAACAUAAACCUGACCAACGGCCACGGUGGGAGGAACACCGAGUCGCCGGCGGCCAUCCACCCCUGUGGAAACCCCACGGUGAUCGAGGACGCUUUGGAAAGGAUUCGAAACAACGACCCCGACACCACCGAGGUCAACCUGAACAACAUCGAGAACAUCACUUCGCAGACGCUGGCGCGCUUCGCCGAGGCCCUGCGGGACAACACGGUGGUGAAGACCCUCAGCCUGGCCAACACGCACGCGGACGACAGCGCCGCCCUGGCCAUCGCCGACAUGCUGCAGGUCAACCAGCACAUCACCAGCGUCAACGUGGAGUCCAACUUCAUCACUGGCAAGGGCAUCCUGGCCAUCAUGCGGGCCCUGCAGCUCAACACCGUGCUCACCGAGCUGCGCUUCCACAACCAGAGGCACAUCAUGGGCAGCCAGGUGGAGAUGGAGAUCGUGAAGCUGCUGCGGGACAACACCACGCUGCUGAGGCUGGGCUACCACUUCGAGCUCCCCGGACCAAGAAUGAGCAUGACCAGCCUCUUGACGCGAAACAUGGAUAAGCAGAGGCAGAAGCGGAGGGAGGAGCAGAAGCAGCAAGAGGGAUGUGAUGGCGGAUCCCAUCUGAGGACCAAAGUCUGGCAAAGGGGUACGCCUGGCUCCUCGCCUUAUGCAUCCCCCAGGCACUCUCCCUGGUCUUCCCCCAAGGUCCCCAAGAAAGCCCAGACCGCUCCCCCGGUGGCCCCGCCCCCUCCACCACCCCCACCCCCACCCCCACCGCACCCCCAGAAGCUGCCCGCUCCUCCUCCACCCCCGCCACCCCCGCUGCCAGACCAGAAGCUCAUCACCCGCAACAUCGCAGAGGUCAUCAAACAACAGGAGAGCGCCCAGCGGGCAUUACAGAAUGGACAGAAAAAGAAAAAAGGGAAAAAGGUUAAGAAACAGCCAAACAAUAACUUAAAGGCAAUAAAAAAUUCCCUGAGGUCAGUGCAAGAGAAGAAAUUGGAAGACAGUUCUCGUCCUUCCACCCCUCAGAGGUCGGUUCAUGAGAAUCUCAUGGAAGCCAUUCGGGGAAGCAGCAUAAGACAGCUGAAGCGGGUGGAAGUUCCAGAAGCUCUGCGAUAAAAACAGGAUCUUUAGAA